UGUUCAAAAGUUUCUGAAUGAGGAUGGAUAUGAAAUUUAUGUCUGGUUAAACUCUGCAAUUUGCUCUUGAAAUUCACUUGUAGUUGGUUGUUAAUUUGGUUUAAGCUUUAAAACAUUUUUCUAAUCAAUCUCAAAGAUUGGAAUAAUACACUGGUGUGAAGACUGUUUUGAUGGAAUGCUAUGAGUCGUAUACACGAUGAUCGUAAAGAACUGUACAACACUAGAGAGGGUGUGCUGAGCAGUCCUUCUAGUAUUCGAAGUAAUCACACAUUGUCACAAAGUAUGGACAAAGAAAAAGUAGAAAAAAAAUCCUUUGUACAACAUCCGUUUGACCCUGGCUUUCGCACCAUUGAUUUAUUAAAGCCUUCAACAAAAGCACCACAAGGUCGCAACAUAUCUGCUUCUCUUGGAUCCACUCAGCUUCAUGCAAUGCCACCAUUGAUGCCAAGUUACAUAUCUGGUUCUGGACACUUGUUAAAUCCAGUUCCUAUUAAUCAUAACUCGUUGGUAAGGGGUUCACUGUCAUCUGGACAACAUGCGUUUCAAACUCAUAUACCUGUUAAUAUUGGUGGAACAGCCACGAUUGCUCCUCCAAGAGGAAGUGUAACUAUGCCACAACGUUCAGCAUUACCAACAUUAAAGCCUACUAAUAUUUCAAAUCAGAUGCAGUUACCUUUGAAUCAAAUUCCUUCUUUGCCUAUCAUGCCCGCAAAUGUUGCCAAUAGAACAGGUUCACCUAUUGUUACGAGUCAUGGAUUGCCAACAGACAGUCGAAUAGAAUCUCACACUACAUUGCUUUCGGAACCACAUCACAGCAUACGAGGCAAUGUACAGGCAGCAAGUCAACAUGCAACUGCACAUGCAACAAUUCAAGUCAUUGCAUCUGGUACAGUUGGCCAACAACAUUCAUUCCUGGGUAAGGGAAUGACAAUUGGUACUGCACCAAACGUUCUCAAAAUAGGUGCAAGUAGCCAUUCGAAUGUGUCGCCAUCUGCAAGCAUUGCUUCAUCUGCAUUUAAAGUUGGUAUAGGUAAAGCUUAUCAAGGUUCUUCUAGUGUUAUCAUUCCAUCCACAACAGUGGUGACUAAAUCGGAAGCAAAGGAAAUAGGCCGAAAUGUUGGUGCAUUACCUUACAGUCGUUUUUCUGUAGCACAUAAUGUGUCACUUCCAAGUCAUUUAAUACAGGGAAGUCAUAUAGCCACAACUGUUAAUACCACAUCGUCAGCAAACAAUCUCAGCAUGAACACACGGUCACAUUCAGUUGGUGUUCCAUAUCAUCCUAUAAGUGCAGCAUAUGUUUUUCAUGAUAUUGGUCAUCCUAUCGGUAUUCACAACUUUCCUCAUCAAUUAAUUCGUCCUCCGACAACGUCAGUUGGCUCUGUUCCCAUGUUUGCAAUUGACUCCCAGAGAGCAGUUCCAGUGGUAUCAAUUGCUGUUUCAAACAAAGGGAUUUCUGAUGUUCCACACGAAGCUGGUAGACCUGAAGGCCUUACAAUACAUAGUGAAAAUAGUGCAUUCAGUUAUCCAAACCUUUAUCCAAACCUACAGCCUGCUACGUUUCCUACCACUUUUUCAAGUUCGUCAAUCAGUAUGGAAUCAUCAGUUCGGCCAAGUAUACUUCGCAAGAGACCACCAGAUACUGCAACUUCGUUUCCUGUUCAGCCAACUGAAAAGGAAAGGAUAUCGAGUCCAGUCAAGUCUGAUGGUUUAACAAUAGCUAGUAACAUGAUCAUCAGUCCACCUAAUUUGACCAGCAAGGAGAAAAUGAAUGACACCAAGAUUAACCAUUCCAUACUAAGUAUCACAUCUGAUCUUAACAAAGAUGCAACUAUAGAAAAUUCGCUCACAUCUGAGAUGCAGAGUGGUAAAGUUACUUCGCCACCGGUGUUAAUACCGAAUGCAAUAUCCAAUGCCACCAAUUUGGGAAACAAUUUACCUGAAGCUUCACCAAAAAAGAAGCCCAGAAAGCAGCUAAUAAUAACUACCGAAGACAAGUAUGGCAGCACUGCGCCGAUAAACAACGCAUGUGCAACUGACGAAGAUGAAGAAUUUCUGAAGGCAAACGAAACAAUGAAAGAUAUCACACCUCCGAAACUCAACGCUGCACCUACUACAACGGCAGCCACACAGCAAAAACAAUUGUUUCCUCCGCCGACAAGUGAAGUUGAAGUGAAGCAAGAAGUAAAAGAUGUGCAGAUUAAUGGCAUGGUCACUUCUGCGCUGGACACCAAGACAAGUGAAGCAAUGAAGUAUUACAUCUUCCGUCGACGUCCUCAAGUCAGUAUUUUGAAUGAAUACAAGGUGAAUACGAAGGCGGCUCACAAUCAUUUUUAUCGACAUUCUGACGUAAGAGUCAAAGAAGAGAAAAAAUCUGUUAGCCACGAUCGUAUGUUCGGAAAAUCGUCGAUAGAAUCUAUGUCUGGUUGGAGGCUGCAUCAUCUCGCCACUCAACUCGAUGACAUGAUAACUCUAGAGAACGAUAUCUGUAAAGAAGUUCUAGAGUGCAAAGAAUCCAUUCCUUUACCGAGCGUGAGCUCUCCCGGCUACCAAAACAGUCAGAAAUUGUCUGGUGAGGAUCGCCAAUUGCGCUUACUACACGAGAUCAUACAAGGAAACAUACAGCGAUGCAGAUAUAGCAUCGAGCAGUUAGACGAAGCUAAACAAAAUAUGUUUAAGCUACUUGAUCACAAGCCGAAAGUGAUGGAGAUCGUUAAAAAAUAUAAACAAAAACCAAGAUUAAAAAAGAAGCCUAAUUAUUAACAAUGUCUUUCACUUUUUAUCUUCGCAUCCCUUGUAAAUAUAAAUCUUAAGCAUUAUUGUGAAUUUAUUGACAAGGAUGGAAUUUAUUGACAAGGAUGAGUGAACCAAGUUCUCUACGGUUUAUAUAUAUUUCUUUUUUUUAAGUUUAAUCCAAGAGGAAUUUGGAAUUAAUAUUAUCAGUUUCUAUAUAUGUAAACUAUGUAUAUAUUUGUAGAAUGAGGUACUUUUUGGCAAACCAAAUAAACCAACUAUAUUUA